CGUCGCACAAGUCGCGAAUGGCGUCCUUCACUUUGCGGCUUUUGUAGCCUGACUUUUGUGUGUCUAUUGCUCUUAUAUAUGUUUUAAUUUGUAUUAUUUUUGUAAAACAUAAUGGCAACACAGACGGCGUGUCGAGUUUUCCAGCGACGCGUUGCGUCCUCUGCAGCCGCUCUGCGUCUGUCUGCCGCCGAGGUGCGCAGUCAGCGCAACGCCAUCUUCUCCAGAGAGCAGACCAGGCAGAGAGCUCUGUACCCCCGCAUCGAGAAGAUCGAGGUGUCCAUGCAGGGCCCGGGGCUGGACGGGACGCUCCUCAUCAUGAACAGAGGCAUGUCCACGCCGCUGAGCUGCGCCAGGCAUCUGACAGAGUACCACGUGGACAACUCGGUCCUGGCGCUGGUGGACGGGGAGCUGUGGCCGUUCCACCAGCCCCUCACCCACUCCUGCACCCUCACCCUGCUCACCUUCAAAGACAAUGACCCUACUCUCGUCAACCAGGCGUACUGGCGUUCCUGCGCUGCUCUGCUCGGCCAGGUGCUGACGACGGCGUUCAAAGACGAAUACACCGUGGAGCUGAUUAGCACACCUGAAGUUCCAGUCACUUCAGGGGCCUUCUGCUGCGACGUGGUCCUCGACCCUGAGCUGGACUCCUGGACCCCCUCCGAGGAGUCUCUGCGCUCUCUGACCAAAGGGGCCCAUCAGCUGAUCCAGCAGGACUUGGCCUGGGAGCCUCUAGAUGUGGCACCUUCUGUGGCCUUGGAGGUUUUCUCACAAAGCAGGCGUGAACAGGAGGAGGUGGAGCAGAGAGCGUCGGAGAGUCCUAAAGGCACCGUGACGCUCUACAGGUGUGGCGAUCACGUGCUGCUGAGCAGGGGCCCUCUGGUGGCCAGAACAGGCCUGUGCUCGCAGUACGAGGUGACGGCUCUCCACAGCCGGGGUCAGGGGCCCUGGGGGCUCCAGCGACGGGCUCAGGGCCUCUCUCUGCCUCUGCAGCUGCAGGCUCAUCACACAGUCUGGAGGAAACUCAGACAGCGGGCCCAGAACCUGGUGGAGGUGCCUGGGGCUGAAACAGUGACUCCGCCCCCUCUUGACCCUGGAGCUAAAACAGUGACUCCGCCCCCUCCUGACUCAACCAACCAGUAACCACCUGAUGGUGCAGCGGACGGUGUCAAUAAAAGCUCAGAAUGUGUCUCA